AUGGCAUCUCGCGAACCUUCUCCUGCGCCUUCUGAGGGUGACACGAUCGAGGAUCACAACGAGGAUCUCAAGCAAGAUCCCGCCGAUCUCGACCAAGACGGAGAGGUAGAUCCUGAUCAAUCGCACCUCACUGACGAUCACCCACAAGCUCGCACCCCGGGUUCCCUCCGCCGAGGUGCCCGUUUAAAGACCGCAAGUGGCCGGAAAUCAAAACCGAGAAAGGGUGCUAGUGCGAUUUGGAUCCAAGAACAACCAAACGAUGCCACUGAAGAUGAGGGAAGUGUUAUCUCUACUUCAUACUCGCGAACCAAGAAAUCCGAAGCCAGCCCCGAAUCCGAACCUAGAACCAUCGGUACUGCGGUUGGGACACGAAGACAAGCCAACGGGACGGUUGGGUCCGUGUAUUCAGGCAGUAAGAUCAGACAUAUCAAGAAACCAGAUGGCACACCAUUGUGGCGGAAGGAAAUUCAAUUUGAGUUUCUCCGUAUCGUUAUUGAAGAUACGCAACCUGUUUUCACCAGAAUCAGCGAUGGCAAAACCCAGUGCACGUUUGCCGAUAUCUAUGUCGACUGCAUGGCCAGAAGCUCCAAAACAAGCAAGAUUCUCAAGGAUAGACUUCAGAUUGACCGGCAAGCUGCACAGAACAUGGCAAUGAUCUGUCUCCUAGUCAACGUCGGUCGGAUGAACACAACAUUGAAUUUCUUUCCGGAAAUGAGGGCGCAAUUGAGAACAUAUCAUUCCAUUCCUUCAUUACAGGCAUACAAGAGCCAGCGGGAUUAUAAGUCACUCCAAGAUGCACCAAGACUCAAGAGCAUCCUCAAAGGUGCCAGCGAAGAUACCGAUGAACCACGAACCAUUCCCGCUAUCAGAGCCAAGGCAGUCCCCCGCACAAAUCCUGUCAAUUUGAUAUUCGUACUUUCUCAAUUUGCCCCCAAGGUUAGCGAAACGCAUUUUACAGACAAGGUCGAUUUCUUCGAUAUGGCUAUGCGCCACACCAUUUCUUCAGCCAGCAGAGCACGGGCUUUCUUGUGGCUAAUGUGGUGGUAUCUUGAAUCUAACUUCAGCAAAGAAGAUGGUCUCAACAACCCUUUUGGACCUGGAACGUACAAAGAGGAUGAGGAUCCGGACGACCCGGAUACGGUUCCUCAGCUGGUCCCACAAUUGGUUAAUAUCACGCCCGAGGAGGGUGAUGCAGAGAACGAAGACCCUGAAGAAGAGAUCAGGUUUGCAGAAAAGAUGACCAAAGAAAGAAAGCGCAUCAUGGAAGAGGUUGCUAACGAGCCACCGUUGAUAAUGGCAGAUCCAGGCAACCCAGAUCAUAAACUCCUGAAGCGGCUGAAGAAAGGUGCACUGUACGGUGAUGAAGACUCGUUGAUGUCAGAUGCCGACUCUAGAGCGAGUCCAGGUAUUGGAAGAUCACCAGCUGCCGACAUCAGCGCACAUGGCCACAUAAUGAGUGCCAUGGGUGUGCAAGCUGACAGUCUUGACGAUGACUGGGACGUUGUUGACCCACAUCCUGGACGAGGUCGUUACAAGCGUGUGCGAGGGAAGAACACACCAACAAGGCGGGGUGUGGGAAGACAUAGUGAUGGUCCUCGAAGCCUGCUGAAGUCGAGUCGCAGAGUUGGUACCCCUGAUACUGUUGAUCAAUACAGGGGCACACCACAACCACUACAAUCAGGUAAGUUUUACAGGUUGAGAUUAUCUUUCGAAGUUAACAUAUCGACAGGUCGUUUCAACGAAACUCCUUCUGGCGGAAUCCUGAUCAAGUCUCGGGCGCGGACUGGGUAUCAACGCGAACUGGAAGAGCACAGAAUGCGCCGAGUUGAGUGGGCUCUACGACGCCGUCGACGAGAUGCCUACAAAACUCUGGAGCAUACCCGCGAAGGUGAAAGAUGGCUUCUGAAAGCAGCGCGGCGGAUUUCCGAGCUACCUCCGACAUACGAUAGUGAGGAAGAAGAAGAAAAUGGAGGUAUUGGCUUGGCUGGUGUUCUUGCUCGUCGAUGGAACGAUGACCAGCGUGUUGAAGGUGAGCCAGGUGGGAUCCCUGCCGGCUACGAACCUGAAGAUUACGGAGAAGAGGCAGAUGUCUGGACGAGGUUGACCAAGAGGACAGCCCGUCGCCUUCAACUGUGGGGUGGUGACCGAGACAUAACGGUGUAUUCCGCUAGACCUCCGAGAAUGCCACAACCUAUUGCAGACGAUAUUGUUCGAGCACCGCCGCCUCGGCCGACCACUAACGGUAGCACACGAAAAUCAACUAACAGGAGACGUGAGCGCUCUGUUGACGUUGGUGCACCCACUGCGACUCCUGUUGGGAGCACUAUGAAGGGAACAAUAACUGUGAAAUCACCUGAACUUCGGAGUGGGCGUGACCUGAACGAUGAAAUCACACAAGAUUUACUUGCCGAACGGAGCGACGAAGACAUGGAUGGAGAAAACGAUGCUUCCGCAGAUGAUGUUGACGGCGAAGGCGAUCACGAGAAUGGCCGCGAGGAGAGCGACAUCGAAAUGGAGUGA